CAGGCAGCAACUCAUCGCUCUGCGCGUCAGGAAGAAAAACUGAAGCGACUGAAUAUAAGAGGCGCUUUGUGAUUUUCUGUUUCUACAACUUUCCACUUCAUCUGAGACACAAACCCGCAGCUCGCACAGAAUGAUGCUGCAGCACUCGGGUCCCUCGCUGGCUGACAUCAGCUGCUCCGCCCUGGUGCCCUGCCUCUCCCCGCCGGGCACUCUCACCCUGGACGACUUCACCAACUUCACACCGCUGGUGAAAGAGGAGCUGCGGCUCGCCAUCCAGACCAAGAGGCUGUCCAACGGGCUCAGCGCCGACAUGAGCUCCGACGGCGCCAGCUCCAGCUCGGACAGAGCGUCGGAGAGCAACCCCCGCGGGUCCGGUGUCAGGAGAGAGGUGACACCUCAGGAGUACGAGAGGAGGAAGAGGAGGAGGGAGAGGAACAAGGUCGCUGCCGCUAAGUGCCGAAACAAGAAGAAGGAGAAGACAGAGGGUCUGCAAAAGGAAUCAGAGAAACUGGAGAGCGUCAACGCCGACCUGAAGGCUCAGAUCGAGGAGCUGAAGCAGCAGAAGCAGCAGCUGGUCUACAUGCUCAACCUGCACCGACCCACCUGCAUCGUCCGAGCCCAGAACGGCCAAACGCCCGAGGACGAGAGGAACCUUUUCAUCCAGCACAUCAAGGAGAGCACUUUACAACUCCACAACAUUACCUCCUCCAUCGCCGCAACCAACACCGCCGACUCCUCCACCUUAUCCGCAUCCCUGUCCACGGUAUCACCUCUAGACACGGGGUUUCUGACCCUCGAUCACAUUCAGUGUCCCAGUCACCUAUGAGACACUGGCAAAGCCUCCACUUGCUGCCAUUGGUGGAGCCGCCAUAUAGACUUAUGACCUGAGAAUGCCGUGUAAUAUACGCCACCUUAAGAUGACUCCUGCGUCUCCUUCGCUGUCCGAAGAGAGAAAGAGAGGCGUAAAGUGACAACAGAACCCACCACUCCCUGAAAUCGCAGCUGCUGAUUGGACAGCAGAAAGUGACAAAAAAUGGACUGCACCUUGACAGUCAAAACCAAGGACAGAAGCCAAAGCACUAAAAAUAGAACAAAAACAUCAUAUUUGUUUCAAAUUAACAGCUUUUUUUUUUAGUUUUUAAGCGCCUGACUCAGAGUCUGAUUUUUGUACCAAAGUGUGUAUUCAAGGUGAUCAAGGCACAUUAUGUCAAGCAAUUGGAGACAUAUUGACUGUGUGAGUGUGUACGUGUUAACGAGUGUUUGGGUGUCGAGUCACUGACUGUAAAAAAAAAAAAAGACAUUGUUAUUUGUGCUUAGUAUAGGAAAUAGUAUAUUUAUUAAGGAACAACUGUAUGACAAAUUAUAACCGUAACGACCCUUUCUUCUGUACGAUGUGAACUGCUAAAUUCGCUGCUACUACUAACCACUCAGGACCAUGCUAGCUGUAGAAAUCGACUUCAUGUGUUAAAGAGUACAAGUCAAGUUGUUUGAUUUAUCAGCAUCGCCACAAAAGGGAUAUGUACGUCGUAGACAGGGUUUUCAAGUUUGUAUGUAACAAGUCAAAAAGUACAAAGUAGGGAUGCGACGAGUUAAAAAGUCGAUUAACCCAAUAUCAAAUUCAGACUAACCAAGUAGUCUAAAUAUACGAAAACAUUUAGAAACAGUGCAAAAUUACAUUUAUUUAACGCGGCUAAACACAGGGUUAUAGCGUCUGUUGGUCAACGAUGUCAAAUUGGUUUGCCGAGGGUUUGCUAAUGUCACUGCCAGCCUUCGGUCCUAGAUGCAGGUUAACGUUCACAGUCCUGUUCUCAAUGUGGUUACACAUUGAUCAGUUAAACCUGACAUGGCCUACAGACAAGUUAAUCUCCAUGUGUGCUGCGCUACGAGAUGCUGUCUGAUCACUGUGAUUGUUUACAUCCAGACAGCACAGCGAGCAGAGAAGGGCCAUUAGCCUUAGCCUGGGCUACAGCGGUCAGCCUUGGCUAGUGGUGUUACAAGGUUGAGGGCCAGCGUACUUAUGAAAUACUAUUUGUGCGUUUAACCGACUUUUAAUUCUAGUGCUGACCAGCGUUGAGUAGGCUAGUCGCAUCCUACAUCCCUACUAAUGAAAAAUACAAUAUAAUCGUAUAUGCAGAUGAUACCUUACUUUUCUUUGAAACUGUUAAAUUCGCCGGCAACCAAAUUGCCCAAAAUAAUUGAUUACUGUUUAUAAUUUCGCAAGUUCACUUUAUUUGUCACUGCGUUCCCUCUUAAACUAAACAAAAACUAGUGUUGCUUUCUGCAUCCUCUGUGACGAUGAAGCUUCACAAGCACGAGUGUUGUUUUUCUACCUGAAAUCUUGUGUAUCGUUUUGACUGCGCAUUGAGUCUGUUCUGCUGUAUGUAAACACCAUAUGCCUCUUUUGGUCUUGACAGAGCAAAAAAACAAAACAAAAAAAGAUUGUAAUUUUUUUUCUAAAGUGUAUUUUAUUAACAACAUUUGGUUUGGAAGUUGUGUGUUCACUAGAUAUCGUUAGCUAGGUAUCAGAAGUGUUGCAUCGGCUUUCGGCUGCUCCUUAACAUGCUUGACUCUGGAAGUUGUGCAAGAUGAUGUGAUAUUAUUCUGUCUGUUGUGACUUUAUCAGGCUUUAAAUCCUGCCAAAUAUGUGUCCAUCCCUCCACUCCUUUUUCCUCUCUCUGGUCUGUUAUCUUUCAAGUGAAAUCAUCCCUCAAGAGAAACAUGGUUUACAACUGAGGUAGUGUAAAAAAACAACAAGAGCUAAGAGGCAGAUAUCAUGGAAUUCAUUUGAAGAGUUCAUUAAUGAGGUAUUUCAAUCCUUUCCAGGAAAUCACAACCCUUCACCAAACAGACUAAACACUGUACAUCAUGUUAGCAUCAUUUAUCAUUAGCGUUUAUGGUUACCUCUGAGGUUCCACGCAACAGGGAAGUAUUUUCACACAGUUUGCAAUAGAGGAGUUUUAGUUUAUGUACGCACCGCACAUUACUGUAUAUCGAUCACGGUGAGGACUGAAGUUUUAUAUUUUAUGUUUGCAUGGUUGAAGGUUUGUUUUGUCGAUGACGUGUUAUAAAAGGAUCAACUCGUGAGAGUCACACGGUUAAAGGGACGCAGGCGUCUGCGUGUGUUCACAGCGCGUAUGUUAUAUCUGUGAAUGAAGUUGUUCGAUGUCUUGUUGCUAGCCAUGGCUAAUAGAUAGCUAAUGGGCACUUCAAUGUGUUUCUAAUCUCUCGUGCCUACUUCUACUACUGGAGGCCGUUCUUAUUUUGUUGGUAGCGUUUCGACUGUUGGAGCGUCAUAGCCUAAACCAAUAAAUUAUGGGCUGUCAGGUACAACUGCACUGCUACUACCAAUGUGUACUUCCAUCUUUGUGAUCUGUCAACUUUUGUUUUUGAUACUUUGUUAAUUAAAAAUAUGUAUUGCAAAUGCUA